UCUAUAUAUUCAUAUAUAACAUCUGUUACGAGAUAUUUGGACACGAUGUAUGUAUUUGCUUGGUUGUUGUCCUUAAUGACAUUUUGUUGUAUUGCAACAGUGCGUUCUGAGGAUCCUCAUACAAUCCUUCAGAAUUUAUCUUUGGAUGAAGUAGUUACUCGUGCAAAGGCCAUAGCAGCUAUUAAUUUUUUACUUCACCUACGCAUUGUAAAUAAACAUCAAGAUUCUGCGGUGUUUGCUGCGCCAGGUAGGCCUAUGAAGGUUGUAUUUGGUAACAUAAACAAAGAAAUUGAUCGUUCGUUGGCUAUGUUAGGCGCAUCUCCUAGCUCUCCCGCGUUGAAUACAUGGGUCGAGGAGCGUCGGAUACUCAACUCCGAGGAGCCAAUAGCCAAUGUACCUGAAGUCUAUCAGAGUUUUAGACACAUCAUGGAUUUAUUAGAUGAGUAUGCUCGUGUAUUGAAUCAACCUUGUUUUGGUGAAUACACUUGCAUGAUUGAAAGUCGUGUUAAAUCAUUGGAUAGCUAUUUUGACUAUGAGUAUCCAGUGGUAAUGUCGAGUGCUUUGAUAAUGAUAUACAAGAAGUUAGGUCUCAACGAUGAGGAGUUACCUCCAGGCAGGUUGCUGUCUCAUCGUGUUCAGAUGAUUGGGAAGAAGGACUUUUUGCAGGGGGAUGAGCGCGCCUUUGAUCAUUAUGCUCAGUACUACCCUAUGUUAUUCAAAAAAAAUAGCCAGGAUGUGACAUCUAUUUUGUGGCGAGCUAUUAACGAUGCUGCUGAUGGUAGCCUCAAGGCUUCAUUGAUUCCACUUUGUCAAUUGGAGACAAUGAUGAGGGAUUACAAACCUUCUAAAUUCUUUACAGGCAUCAAGUAAUCGUCAUUUAUGCUUAUUGCUGCAUCGUAAGCUCACAACAGAAUUACGUGGUAUA